UUGUCCGGUGUAGACCCUACGUUAUUUCACGUAAUUACUGGAGAAGUCCGAAAAGCGUGGGGAACGAAGCUCUUGUGAAUAAUCUUCUUGCUUUAAACCAGUACGGAUAAAUUUGACAUUCAAUACAUCAGAUCUCACCACAGCAAAAUACAGCCCAUUUCCUUAAAUGACAAUUCAAAUCAUCUGUGUGUAGGAACGUUUUCCGAUUUAUUUUACUUUUCGCAUCAUGUUUCAAUAAAAAUUGCUUUUUGUAAAGAUUUAUAGAGACACUCAAACACCAAAGAUAACUAUUGACAUCGGGCUCAUAAAAGAUAGUUACCGAAAAAAAUAUGAACGUUCGCGUAUUAAGCCGAUUGCGGCAACGCUGGAGAGUUUUAAGACGUUAUGCGACAAAACCCUCUUCCGUGCCCGGAGAGGAAGCUGGAGUUGGGAGUGGAACAGGGAUUGGUAAUAUAACUGGUAGAGCUCGAGGAAACGCUAGUUCUCUCACAGUGAACCAGCCUUCCACAAAAAUUGUCACACAUUUACCGCCCUUAACUGACGCAAUCCCUAAUCUGCCUGAAGUCGAGUAUGCAAGACCCUUAGCCGAAAGCAGCCUAACACAAGUUACUACUCUGGCUAACGGACUUCGUGUUGCGUCUGAGCCAAGAUUUGGCCAAUUCUGUACAGUCGGCCUUGUGAUUGACUCCGGCCCGCGGUAUGAGGUUACAUAUCCCAGUGGAGUUUCGCAUUUUCUCGAGAAGUUGGCGUUUAAUUCAACUGAGAAAUUUCCGAACAAAGAUGCUAUUCUGAAGGAGCUAGAGAAAAAUGGGGGCAUUUGCGACUGCCAAAGCUCCCGUGACACACUUAUUUAUGCAGCAAGCAUAGAUAGCAGAGCAAUUGAAUCGGUAACGCGAUUACUUGCUGAUGUAACUUUGAGACCCACACUUCAUGUAGGGGAAGUGAGUGCUGCUCGAAAAGCUGUCCAAUUCGAGUUGGAGACUUUAGGAAUGCGACCGGAGCAAGAGCCUAUAUUAAUGGAUAUGAUACAUGCAGCUGCAUAUCGAGAUAAUACUCUAGGCUUACCAAAACUCUGCCCAGCUGAAAAUCUUCCACACAUUGAUAGGAAUGUACUAAUGAACUAUUUAAAGUAUCAUCAUACUCCAGAACGUAUGGUAAUUGCCGGUGUUGGGGUCAAUCAUGAUGAGCUAGUCCGAAACGUAGAGAAAUAUUUUGUUGAAGAGAGUGCUAUUUGGGAAACACAAAUUAUUAAAGGAACCGGAGCAACCGAGGUGGAUGCUUCAAUCGCACAAUACACAGGUGGCUUGACAAAGGAAGAAUGUGAAAUACCAAUCUACGCAGCUACUGGCCUGCCAGAACUUGCCCAUGUUGUAAUUGGACUGGAAGGCUGUUCUCAUCAAGAUCCUGAUUUCGUUGCGUUAUGUGUUUUGAACAUUAUGAUGGGAGGGGGCGGUUCCUUCUCUGCUGGCGGUCCUGGCAAGGGCAUGUAUUCACGUUUGUAUACAAACGUACUUAAUCGCUAUCAUUGGAUGUAUAGUGCCACUGCUUAUAAUCACGCCUAUGCUGACACUGGCCUCUUCUGUAUACAUGCCAGUGCUCCCCCUAGCAAUGUGCGAGAUAUGGUUGAGGUUGUUACACGCGAACUUGUUAACAUGGCAUGCGAACCCAGCAAGGAUGAGUUGAGUCGAUCAAAGAUACAGUUACAGUCGAUGCUUUUAAUGAACCUGGAAUCCAGACCAGUUGUAUUUGAAGAUGUAGGUAGACAAGUUUUAGCGACAGGUCAUCGCAAGCGUCCUGAACAUUUUAUACGCGAAAUUGAAAAAAUCAAACAGGAGGAUAUCCAACGAGUAUCGAGAAGAUUGCUAGCUACACCUCCAUCAAUGGCAGCCCGAGGUGAUAUAGGAAAGUUGCCGGAAUUGAAAGAAGUCCAAAAUGCUCUUAGUAAUGGUGGCCGAUUGUAUUCUCGGAGACUGUCUCUAUUUAAGUGAGGGCACCUUCACUCAUAAUAACAUAACAUGUACAUAAAUCUAUGCAUAUAUACACGGUGUGGAAUAUGUGCAAGAAUAUUACAAUAAAACCCAAUGGCUGAAUCCAUAUUCGGUUCCAUUCUAUGAAAAUGUUA